CCCCGUCUUAACGCAUCUGCGACCACUUCACUUCAAAUGCAAACUGUGCUGUUGGACCGCGCAGGAGACACCGCGACCAGAUCCUAACUGUGGGGUUACUGGUAAGAACAGAAAAAUGGCUUCCCCUCAGCCAGGCAGCCCACCUACAGAAGAGCAGGAUACCCCUCCACCUCCUGAGACCAAUGAAGAGAAAGAGGAUACAGCAGAGCAACCACCUCGAAGAAGAGGCAAAGGGAGAGCAACAAAGUCUCAGCACACUUUUAAAUGCUCAGCCUGUCAGGAAGCAUUUUUCAGCCCCUCAACUCUACGCAGCCAUAAGCUCUUAGCUCAUGGUAAGGAGAAGCAGCAACCGUACGUCUGCGGACAGUGCAGUAAGACUUUCUCAAACCGUGCCCAGCUCUCUAAGCAUCAGCGCUCCCAUUCUGCUCAGCGUCCGUUUCAGUGCUCCCAGUGUCAUAAAGCAUACAAGACUCCAACUGAGCUGCGCAACCACAGCCGCUCCCACACCGGAGAGAAACCCUUUGUCUGUACUGAGUGUGGCAAGGCAUUCAUGCAAGCCAUCUGUCUGCGCAUUCACAUGACACAACACAGCGGUGAGCGGCCUCAUUCUUGCCCACACUGCUCCAAGAGCUAUCCAACACUGUCCAAGCUGAAAGUUCACCAGCGGUCACACACAGGAGAGAAGCCCUACUUUUGUGCAGAAUGCGGGAAGAGUUUCGCUGAUCCCUCAGUGUACCGCAAGCAUCGGCGCAAUCACCAAGGACAUCGCCCUUAUUCCUGCGACCAGUGUGGGAAAACUUACACAGAGCUGAAGGAUCUGAAGAACCACGAGCGUUCGCAUACGGGAGAGAAGCCAUACCUUUGCUCGGACUGUGGCAAGGCCUUCUCACGCUCUUCCUCACUGGCGUGCCACUUGCGAAUUCACUCUCAAAGCAAACCCUACCAGUGUGAGCAGUGCGGCAAAGGCUUCACUCAACUCUCCUCCUACCAGUCUCACCUUCGAACACACUCUGGAGAGAAGCCCUUUCUCUGUCCGCAGUGUGGUAAGAUGUUCUCAGACCCUUCCAGUUUUCGCCGGCACCAGAGAGCACAUCAGGGGUUCAAGCCUUACCCCUGCGACAAGUGCAACAAGAGAUUUCGGCAGCCAGCUGACCUGGCGGUGCAUCAGCGCGUGCAUUCGGGUCAGAGGCCGUAUAAGUGCCAAAACUGUGACAAGGCCUUUGUCGCUUCUUGGGACCUACGCCGGCACAUGCUGGUGCACACUGGACUGCGACCUUUCUCUUGCACCGAAUGCGGCAAGUCGUUCGCAGAGCGCUCUAGCCUCAACAAGCACCGGAGGGUGCAUUCCGGAGAGCGCCCUUUCAAAUGCCAGAUGUGCUUUAAGUCCUUUGUCGUGUCAUCCAGCCUGCGCAAGCACGAGAGGACACACUUGGCGGAGAGACCCCUUCAGCAGCAGGACCCAGUGCCUGAAUCUGCGCAAAUCUUCUCUCAGAACACCAGCCCGCAGUUUUCCUGCACUCACUGUGAUGUGAUGUUUGGGACGUGGGAGGAGGUGCAAGCCCAUGCCAGCCUUCAUUCAAUUUCUCCACCGUCCGAUUCCACUGCCACAUCUCUCAAUAUAGGCCCAUAUGUUUGUGUGACCUGCCAGGUUGAGUUCACUCAGCUGUCCGCUCUUCAAGCACAUGAGAAGAUGCACCCUAAGCCACGACCCCAUGUCUGCGAUGACUGUGGCAAAGGUUUCCUGAACAAAGCCGGAUUACGAAAACAUCAGCGCAUUCACUCCACCAGUCGCCCUCACUGCUGCACUAUCUGUGGCAAGGCUUUUCUUUUCGCUGCGUACCUUCGGAAACAUUCACGCACCCACCGUGACAGUGAGUCCUCAUCGGCUCUGCCACAGACGGACAUAGCGCACACCCAGCCUCUUCCGUCCCCGCCCAGUGCAGCCUCCCCAACGGGCUCAGAGCCCCCCUCCAUUUCUCUGACUGUACCUGUUACUGUACCGGUGUCUGCAUUCCAGACAAUGUCAGCUCAUGUGUAUAUAGACAAGGAAGAGGAGUUGUGAAAUUGUUGUCAGCAUAGUGGCCUUAAUUGUUUGAACUGUGCUUUCACAAAAAAUCCUUCGAUAAGGAUGCAGUUCUGUCCAAAAAGGCAGCAAACACACACACACAGAUUUGUGUGACUUGUUACAGCCGAUUUUCCUCACAAAAUCAAUCUGUUUUUGUAUAAUAGCUUUACAUUAAUGGUCAUGUUUGUAUACUAACACUUACAGUAAUAUUAGUGAUUUAAUCUUAGUCAAACUAUUCAUUAUUUAUAUGAAUUAAGUUGAAUACAUGAACUCUGUGUAAGUAUGUACUGUUGCUUCUCUUUUGAAUUACCCACCAGUAUUACAUUUGGUGACUUAAAGAAGAAAGAAAAGCCACAUUUCUUAAUAAAAAAGUAAUUAUUGAUAUGGUUUUUAAUCUGACAUUUCUCAUUCACAUCAUGUUUUAGAGGUUAUCACAAAGGUCUCCUUUGGCCAGUGUGCCCAUUCCAUCUUCCCACCUACAAGUCCAUAUUUUGCAUAAGGGAGAUGAGAAGAUUGACCUACUGUUGGGUUGUAGCCACUACCUGCACGUCAGUUCAUCAUUGACUGGUCAAAUAUGAGUGUAUUAUAAUUAAUCUAUAAUCAGUCUAUAAUCACAAAUAAAGCUGCUCAUUGGAUGAGUCAAUCUUUAUUUUUUCCUUUUUUACAGUUUUCUUUAUUUUUGCUUAGUUGUUAUUAUUGUUGUUGUUAUUAUUAUUAUUAUUAUUAUUAUUAUUGUUUAUAAGAUUCCCAUUCACAAAAGUAAUAAUUAGCAAGGUCUUAAUAUGCCUUAAAUUACACUAACAUUCAAAAGUUUGGAAUCACAAUUCAGAAGUUUUGGGUCAGUGUUUUUAAUAAACAAAUAAAAUGUUGUAUAAAAAUUAUGAAACGUUUAUGAUGCUGUGCUAAAGGUAAUUUUACAUGUGACCGGAAUGAUAAACGGAGCUGUAGAUGUUUUCAUAAUGAUUGAGAAAGCUGUAAAACAUUGAGAAUUUUUAAUUCAAAUAAUUCGUUUUAAUUAAAUGAAUGGCCAUAAUGCCUCGGAUUUGAAAUGUGGUGGUGAAAUCUCCAGCAAAUAACUUUAUUUAUCUAUAUAUAUAUAUAAUUAGAUUUAUCGCCUAAUGUAUUCUUGUUGUUUAAAGUCAGGGCUUUAUUGUCGUUCAGUCCCACCACAAUGUGUUGAGUGAGGAAUGAAACGUAGUUUCUUCGGGGCAUGGAGGUCCUUUUAACACAAAACAGCAGCAGACAACAGUACAAAUAAACAAUAAAUGCAGCAAAUACUGACUAUUCUAUACAGAACACUAUAAAAUAAACUGUACUAUACAAUAUACAACAAAACACAACCAUUAAACAUGGGACA